AUGCUCGAUAUGAUGUGUGCGGCUUGUCGUGAUGGUGUCCAGCCUCCGCGUGAGUCCACGCCGAUCUCACACCCUGACUUUAAAAAAGGAAAAUUGUUAGAUUAUGAUCAUAUGAAGAAUGGAGAGAGAGAGAAUGGCUUGGGCGCGAAUCGGGCGACCCUCAACGUCAAGGAUGCGCUCUCCUACCUGGACCAGGUCAAGGUCCAGUUUGCCGAGCAUCCAGACGUCUACAACCGUUUUCUUGACAUCAUGAAAGACUUCAAGAGCCAGUCUAUAGAUACGCCCGGCGUCAUCGAGAGGGUCUCGACCCUUUUCCGCGGUCAUCCCAGCCUCAUCCAGGGUUUCAACACAUUCCUGCCUCCUGGAUAUCGCAUCGAAUGCAGCUUGGACCCAAGCGAGAGCAAUCUCAUCACCGUCACGACGCCGACCGGCACCACCACACAGACACCGGGCGGUGUCGGCAUCGCCGGCGCCAUCAACCGUAUGAGCGGAGCCUCGUCUGGCCCACCUCCGGGCCCUUCUGCCCAAGCCUCCGGUCCCAGGGGUCCUGGCGGCAUGGGCAUGAUGCACGGCUCUGCGCCACGACACACAGAACAGCCUCCCGCGCACAUGCAUCCUCCACCCCAUGCACACGACGGUCCUCCCGGGGCUAUGCCCUACAUGGGUGGUCCGCCGGGCCAUCCCAUGUCUCACGGUCCCGGCGGUGCUGGCUUCUCAGGUCCAGGCGGCCCUCAACAUCCCGGUCACGGUCCAGGUCCGGGUCCGAUGGGCCCCGUUCCGCCGCACCAUGCCCAUGGUCGUCCUCAAUCGCCCAUGCCCAUGGGCCCUGGUGGUGCUCCACAAGGCGGGGCUGGCUCUGGUUCCCACGCCGGUCCGCCUGGUCCGAUGACACCCGUUCAAGAUCCUAAGCGUCCACCUGUCGAGUUCAACCAUGCCAUCAACUACGUCAACAAGAUCAAACAGCGUUUCUCGCAGGAUCCCGACACCUACAAGCAGUUCCUCGAAAUUUUACAGACCUACCAGAAAGAGCAGCGACCCAUCCACGACGUCUAUGCGCAAGUCACAGUGCUCUUCGAGAAUGCCAAGGACCUCCUCGACGAGUUCAAGCAAUUCCUUCCGGACACAUCUGCUGGCUCGCAGCCUAGCGGCGGCCUCUUCAACAUGCUCGGCCAAGUCACUUCAGGUCUCGGCGGCAACGCUGCUGGCGGUCCGGCCCCAGGUGCCAUGCCAGGCCAGCAAGGCUUUAGGGGUGGACCCGCAGACGCCGCCGAUGCUAAUCGCAAAGCCGCCGCGGGCGCUAUUCCUGGAGCCCCGGGAGCGCCUUCGUCCGGCUCGCGCAAGAAGCGCAGCGGCGCCAACGAGUCGGGCAAGCCUGGCUCUGGCAAGACGAAAAAGUCAAAGCAUGGACACAAGGCUGAGCAGCGCACUCCGCCCCUUCGACAGGAGCCUAUGCCCGCGUCGCCGACCUUUGCGCAUCCGGGACAAAUGCAUCCCGUCUAUGGCAUCGACGGCAUGGUCGCUGCCGAGGCGACCGGUCUCGUGCCGCAGGGAACUGUGGUCAACGGUCUUGCUCUUGGCCAGCCUCAGGCUCCCCUCGCAACGCUCGACGAAGUCGCCUUCUUCGAUCGCGUCAAGAAGCACAUCGACGAUCGCACCACGUAUCUCGACUUCCUCAAGCUGCUCAACCUGUACACGCAGGACAUCAUCGAUGUCAAGACCCUCGUCGACCGCGCCGCUCUCUUCAUUGGCGGAAAUCGUGAGCUCUUUGCCACUUUCAAAGGUCUCUGCGGCUACGACAUGGGCCGUCACGGCUGGCUCGACAACGAGGACCCCAUCGUUGAGAACGUGCCCGCUCCACUCCGUGAGAGGGUCGACCUCAACAACUGCAAGGUGUAUGGCGCCUCGUACCGAAAGCUGCCAAAGUCCGAGGUCAACCUGGCCUGCUCUGGUCGAGACCCCAUGUGCUGGGAGGUGCUCAAUGAUAGCUGGGUCAGCCAUCCUACCUGGGCUUCCGAAGGAGAAGGUUUCAACCCGCACAAGAAGAAUCCGUACGAAGAUGCUCUCUACCGCUCCGAGGAAGAGAGGCACGAGUACGACUACCACAUCGAGGCCAACCUGAGGACCAUCGCACUCUUGGAGCCCAUCGCUGCCCGCAUCUCGACCAUGGACAACGAAGAGAAGGCCGCCUUCCGACUCAAGCCUGGUCUCGGAGGACAGAGCAAGAGCAUCUAUCAGCGGGUCAUCAAGAAGGUGUACGGCCGCGAACAGGGCCUCGAGGUCAUCAAUGCGCUCCACGACACGCCCUGCGUCUCGGUGCCCAUCGUGUUGCACAGGCUCAAGCAGAAGGACGAAGAGUGGAAGCGAGCGCAGCGCGAGUGGAACAAGGUUUGGCGCGAGGUCGACGCUCGAAACUACUACAAGAGCCUCGAUCACCAGGGAGUCAACUUCAAGGCCUCCGACAAGAAGGCCAUUACCGCCAAGGCGUUCAUCGCCGAGAUCGAGGCGCGGAAGCUUCAGCAGCAGCAGCGCAGACUCAGCAUGGAUCCCACACUCCCGCGUCCCAAACCUCGUCACCAGCUCGUGUACGUCAUGGACGACAUGCACGUCUUGACCGACGUGCUCAAACUUGCCUUCAGCUACCUCGAUCGUGCUACCGGAAGCUACAGCUCCAAUGAUCGAGAGCGCAUCGAGUCUUUCCUCCGCGCCUUUGUUCCCAAGCUGCUUGCUGUCGAUGCCGUCGAGUUUGAAGAGCUUCUUAACGGUGACGUCGACUUGGACGACGAUGAGGCAAAAAGCAACGCCGAUGACGAUGCCAGGAGCGAAGGCACGGCGGCUGACGAUGAUACGGACGCCUCAUCUACUGCAUCUGGCUCAGCUGCUCGUCGAGGCAAAAAGCAGGCUGCCGAUUUGCGGAAAAAGAUCCUCAAGAGCCAAGCCGAGACAUCCAAGCAGAACGACGAUGGUGCAGAGGAGUCGGUCGAUGCGACGGGCGCGGCUGCUUCUGCCAACGCACGCGCCUCGAGCCCGUCCAUCGUCGCCGAUGUCGAUUCUGCGGUCGAAGCUCUCGCUAACCAGACGUCCAACACUGUCGCUCCGGCGGUCGUCGCGUCGGACGAUGUAGACAUGGAAGAUGGCUCGAAAGCCGCCGACUCUGCUGUGGUCACUCUCAACGAGGCGACAGCCGACCUACCUGCCGAAUCGGGGACUACCGCGGAGCAGAGCGCUGUUGCGGGAGCGACGGAGACCACAGAUGCUCCAAAGGAAGGCGAAAUCGAGGACGUGGUCGACGUCGAGGAGCCUGCGGGUGCAAAAGCAUCAACCUGGAUCAACACCGACCUCGAUGCCACCUUCGACUCGCAAAAGGGGCAUAACGUCGACGUUCGGGACGCUGUCGAAGACGAUGAUGGGUCGGCAACGUCUGCCCGACCCGUCAACUUCUUCUGCAACAGUCAGUACUUCGUCUUCAUCCGUCUGCUGCAACUGCUGUACUCGCGUCUGCAAAAGGUCAAAACUCUCGGUGUCGAGAUGGCCGACAAGCAGCCUCUUCGCAGCAAGAUCAACCCUCUUGCCAUCGAGCUCGGUCUUCAGGAUGGCGGCAGUGGGCCAGCUGCGGUCGUCGGCGCAGCCGCCAAUUCGUCGAGCCUCGGCCCGGUCGCACCCACCAACGAGGAGGCGGGUCUCACCCUUCACCCCUCGCGCUACUACGACACGCUGCUCGACAUGUGCGAAAAACUGUUUGACGGCGACGUCGACCAGGGCACCUACGAGGAAAGCGUUCGAUACAUGUACGGCAUCGAAGGCUACAUCGUCUUCACCCUCGAUAAGGUGAUCGGCGCUAUGAUCAAGGUGGUGCAGUUCCUCACCACCGACAGCAAGUGUCAGGACAUGCAGGCCAUCAUGGAAGCGAACCGUGCGAGCCCGCAAAGCACGCUCACGAGCUACCGACAGCAGAUUGCCGACCGCAUGGCUGCCGAAGGUCUGAUCGGCAAAGACGAGAGCCUCUUCCGUCUCGAAUGGAUGCCUUCGUCGUGCACGUUGCUCAUCCAGAUGCUGUCCAAAGACGACCUCACUUUGGACGAUGCCAGGACGGCAGAGCAGAGCUGGCUCCAGUACAUGUCGAGCUUCAGCCUGUGGACACCCACCGAAGGCCUGGCGGCCGAGGCACAAGCUCCUUUCAUCAAGCGUUCGCUCUCGAGCGACGCCACCGCCGACAAGGAGGCCAGCGAAGCGCGUUAUGUGACGCGAAGUGGACUCGAGAUCCGCAUCUGCCUGCGCACCUUCAAGCUGUUCUUUGCCCACGGUACCGAGGAUGUGUUCGUUCGAAUCCGAUCCGAAUACGAGAAGGCCGAACUCGAUCGCAAGGCUGCUGUUGUCGGCAAGAGGCGAACGAAGCGGUGGGACGAUUGGCUGUCGGCACGUCGACAGGCGAUAGAUAACCCGGAAGGUGUCGCCGACGGCGCCGAGGAGGUCGCACAGGAGGCUCAUGAGGCUGCUGAGGCUCCCAACGGCACCGAGCCAGCUGUCGAAGCCGCCGAGGCUGCCGCAGAAGCAUGA